AUGAAGCACGGGUACUCCAAAAAUAGUGCCGUACACGCACCGGGUACUUACCGGGUGCGGGUACGCGUACCGGUACGGCUGCACGCGUACCGGGUACGGCAAAAACCACUCCGGUACGUCUGCCUCAGUUGGGUACGGCAUGGGUACGGCUCGGGUACGGCAUGGUUGAGCAACGCAGAGGCGACUUCGACCUAGCUUUGUCUUCAACUUCGACUUCGACCCUCAUCUUUGACUUCGACCCAGAGAUUACCCUCGUCUUCGACUUCGACCCUCGUCUUCGACUUCGACCCAGAGAUCACCCUCGUCUUCGACUUCGACCCACGGCAUCGGAGAUCAGCAAGCAUGUAUCAUCUAUUUUCGCCCCCUGCAGAUCAGCCAUACCAAGCAACUGGUCAGAAUCUCUCCAUCUUUAUUUUUUUUUCAUUUUUUUUCUUGUUUCUUGUUUCUUCUGCAGAGAGUUAUAAUCUGCUGUUGUCAUG